UCUCUCUUCCUUUCCCUUCCUACUUGAACGGUUAACGAUUAGGUUACGUCGAAGAAGGGGAAGAAGGAGAUGAGAAAAGGAGGGGAAAGAAUUCUACAUCUUAAUUUCAAACAAGUUUCGAAACAAACCCAAUACAUUUCAAAAGAUUUUCCCCGUUUUCCCAAAAGACCCAACUUCAACCUGCAAUGCAAUGUGGGCAAAGGGAUUAUUCACCUUCGAACUUUCAAAAGGCAGCCUCUGCCCUUCACUCAGGCACUUUCAUGCGAUCUCCAAACUCUACAGUUCAAAAUCCUGCACUUCAUCCUCCAAUUUCGUGAUGGGUGAAAACCCAACUGCCAUUGCCGCUGCUCUUUCCCUCUCUGACAAUUUGAAGUCAGCUUCUCUUGGUACCCAAAUCCACUCCCGUGUCAUCAAGUUGGGAUUCACUAAUGACGGUUUUGUAUUCAAUAAUUUGAUCAAAAUGUACUCAAAAUGUGGGAUUAUGGGUGAUGCGUUCAAACUGUUUGGUGAAAUGCCUGAGAGAAACCUCGUCACUUGGACUUUGAUGAUUUCGGCUGCCGUCCAAGACGGUCAGUUUGAAUUGGGCUUGGAGUUUUAUUUGGAACUGGUAAGAAGUGGGUUGAGGCCGAAUGAAUUCACUGUUGGUAGUGUUCUCAAGGGGUGUGCAGCGUGUGCUAGUAUCGAAGCAUAUGAAUUCGGCAUGAGUGUUCAUUGUUUUGCAUUGAAAACUGGGAUCGAACAGAACUGCUAUGUGGGUGGUUCUGUUUUGAACAUGUAUGCUAAGUUGGAGGAUGUCGAAUCGGCGAAGGGAGUGUUUGAGUCUAUAAGCAAUCUUGAUACUGCCGGUUGGAAUGCUAUGAUUGGAGGUUACAGGCAAUGUGGCUAUGGAUUUGAAGCAUUGAAAGUUGUAUGUUUGAUGGUAUGCAAAGGUAUAAGCAUGGACCAGUUCACCUUUGUUAAUGCUCUAAAGGGUUGCUCUGUUGUCGGAAAUUUGGAUUUUGGGAAGCAACUUCACGGAUUGAUCAUCCAAAGUGAGCUGAAAUUAAGUACUUCAGUCAUGAAUGCUCUUAUGGAUAUGUACUCUAGAAAUGGUAGGAUGGAUUUGGCUUUGCACGUUUUCAAUAGGAUACAAACGAAAGAUGUCAUAUCGUGGAACACCGCAUUUGGGGUCUUCUUUGAAGGCAAGAAUGCAAGAGAAAUUGCAAACUUAGUCCAUGAGUUCAUGCUAGAAAACAUGAAGCCAAACCAUAUUACGUUCUCAGUCUUGUUUAGGCAAUGCGGUGAGCUACUUGAUCUUAACCUUGGGCGUCAGUUUUUCUGCCUUGCAUUACAAUAUGGGUUCUGGAAUGAACCUAAUGUCAGAAGCUCAAUAAUCAGUAUGUUUUCUAGAUGUGGCGCUAUGGACAUGGCACACUUGUUUUUUGAUGGCAUACUUUACAAAAACAUAACUUAUUGGAAUGAGUUGAUUUCUGGGUAUAAUUCAAACUAUUGUUAUUCAGAAGCCAUGCAGAUCUUUUGUAAUUUAUGGGACUUGGGAGUUGAAGCGAGUGAAGUCACAUUCUCCAUCAUACUGGAAGCUUGCUAUAAUGAUGAACACCAAUAUAUGACUAGACAAAUUCAUGGUGCAGUUGUCAAGUUGGGCAUCUCCUUCCACGGAUAUGUUUGUAGCUCAUUAAUUAAGUGCUAUGUUAGAUUUGGACUACUGGAUGAUUCCUUUGAGUUUCUUAAAGGGUUUGAGAGACUAGAUUUGGUAUCUUGGGGAACUAUGAUAUCUGCUCUGGUGCAUCAGGGACAUUUUUUUGAAGCUAUAAAGAAUUUCAACUCUCUGAGAGAAGUUGGUGGGAAGCCUGAUGAAUUUAUAUUGGGAAGCAUUCUAAAUAGUUGUGCCGAUAUUGCAAGCUAUCAGUUAGUUAAAUCUGUCCAUUCCAUUGUCAUCAAAAUGGGAUUCCACAUGCAAGUCUUUGUUGUUAGUGCAGUUAUAGAUGCGUAUGCAAAAUGCGGGGAUAUUGGAAAUUCAAGGAUGACCUUUAUCCAGUCACUUGGAUCUGAUGACGUGGUUAUAUAUAAUGCUAUGAUCAUGGCUUGCGCUCAUCAUGGUCUGGCCGAGGAAGCGAUGGAUAUCUUUGAGAAAAUUCGGUUGGCAAAUCUAAAGCCCAGCCAAGCCACAUUUGUGUCUGCUAUAGCAGCUUGUAGUCAUGUGGGUUGGGUUGAUCAAGGUUGUUCUUUGUUUGAGUUAAUGAACUCCGAUUACAAGAUGGAACCAGUAUCUCAGGAUGUUUAUGGUUGCAUGGUUGAUCUGCUUUCACGACACGGAUACCUUGAAGAUGCUAGACAAAUGAUUGAAGUGAUGCCUUAUACUCCUUGGCCUGCUAUAUUGAGAUCCUUGCUUAGUGGUUGUAGGAUACAUGGGAACAGAGAGUUGGGAGAAUGGACUGCUAAGAAGUUAGUUCAGUUGGUUCCAGAAAAUGAUGUACCUUAUGUACUGUUGUCGAAGGUGUACUCUGAAGGAGGUAGUUGGGAAGGUGCUACAAAGAUAAGGAGGGAAAUGAUAGAAAGAGGUGUGCCAAAAAAUAAAGGAUAUAGUUGGAUCGAGGUAUAGGAAGAGUUUCCCCUCUGUUGAUGAACAGCUUUCAAUUGUUUGCCUCAGUAAGAAAAUCAAUUUGAGAGAAAUGUAGAACCAGGUAAGGUCAAAUCAGAAUGGGGUUCCUCUCUUUAUGCAUCUGGUGGUGCAGACGAGAGUUCAAGCAGAACUUGCCCAUUCGAUAAGAAGACAAGUCUCUGGACAGGGUCUUCAUCCCAGUUAAUGUCAAAGAACUCAAAGAGUAGUAGCAUAUGGAAACAAUCAAUCAACCGAUACAUGUAGCGGGGACAGGAGAGAAACCAACAUUGUGCACCUGCAAAUCCUUGUACUCCCAGCCAACUGUUAUUGAUGCAAUCAGUCAGGUUACCUAAUCAAUGUUCACAAUAUCGUUAAACUUGGCAACUCGUGAAAAUGCUCUAUGCAAUGAAGUUCUGCAUGAACGUGAUCAAGACUAAGGAAGAAGGCUUGAGAAGUGAGGAUAGACUGGAAGAGAUGAAGACAUGGUAUGGCUCACUUUUUCUUUUCCUUUCUUCCAAACAGAGUAAAGAACUACUAAACUGGUAAGCGGUGAGUUAAGCAGUUUGUGUGAUCUAAUAACUUGUGUAGUUUGUGCCGUUGACAUUAGGUUUAAAACUCUCCCAUAGGGCGAAAGCACCAACACCAAGAAAGUGAUCUCUCCAGCAGGUUUAGUAUCAGCCUUAGAAUUGGCCAUACUCCAUUCAGCAGCACAGCGGUUGUGAUUAAACUGCCUGGAUCAGGAGGGGGUUGACUGAUAUGUGAAAGCAAAUGAGCUAAUAUGUACUAUUAUGUGAAACCAAGUAGCUGUAAUACUUGGAUGAGAAGCCAACUUGUGUCAUUUUUGUGGGGGAGUGCUUUCUGCACUUUCACGAUAUGAGAUUCAUACUCUCACUAGUUGGUUACCAUUGCUGCCACCUUAAUUUGGCCUAAAUUGUACUCUUCGCAACAAGUUGAGUCGUGCUACUCUCGUACAUCGAAAUCAGAAGAAAUCACCCAUAACUCGUCAGGGACUCGUGAUUCAGCCGCCGAUUUAACACGAUCCACAUAUGAUUGUUUAUGGUGAAACAAACUAGGAGCAGAAAAUUGGUGGUUAGGGGCACUUACUGGAGGGUACGAACCAUUCCUCCAAUGUAAAUUUGGACUAUUUCUAGUUGCUGGAUUGUAUGUCUCCAAAAAGCAGGAUACUGCUUCUAAUAGCUUCCAAUGGCAGCACACUAUUCUUCAUAAACUCGUUUCAUUUCCUGCUGCAUUUGACAAUUUUGUUCUUAUUCUGUAGGAAACGUCAUGUCUUACAUUAAUCAUUUGAUGUCUCUAGUUUGCUCUUAUCUGUAAGGCGCGUCAUGCUUUAUAUUAACCAUGGUUAUACGUGUAUAUGUAAUUACCAUAAACGAUAAUAUGCAUUGUAUGUGUUUUACCAU